UUUAGGAGAAAUUGACAACACCUUAGAUUGGUGAAUUUGAACAUGUCAAAGUACUUCCUCUCGCUUUUCAUCCUAGGAUGGAUGUUAACCGAUGUGUUGGGUAAUCCUUGUGAAGGAAUCAAUAGUGGUUUUGUGGCUCACGCAGAUUGCACUCGAUAUUAUUCUUGUGUAAAUGGCGUUGCAUUUGAAAUGCAAUGCCCGGCGGUAUUUCCUAUCUUCAGACCUGAUACACAAAUGUGCGACUCCGGCAGUCCAGAUGAAUGCGUCGUGUGCCCAGCAGAGGGUCUUGCUAGAUUUCCUGUAGCGGGUUCCUGCACAAGAUUCAUCCUAUGUGUGAAUGGUAUCCAAAGUCUGCACGAGUGUCUCAACGGAUUAGUGUUUGACCAAACCAUCAGUGAAUGUAAUCUAGCUGAAAAUGCUCCUCCCUGCGUAGAAGUUACAUGUCCGGCCAAUGACGAUCCUGCGAAUCCAACCUUCAUCCGUCACCCAACCAAUUGUAGACAAUACUUUAUCUGUGUAGCGGGUACCCCUAUCCAGCAGGAAUGUCCCCCUAAUACGGCCUUCAAUCCUACAACCAACGUCUGCGAUCUAGAAUCCAAUGUUCAGUGCCCAGCGACAUUGCGAACCAAGGCGACCUUCCUUUCCCUGGUAUCCAAAACGUCAUCGAAAGCCAAUAACAGGUGUAUCGGAAAUAAAGGAAUUAUCAAUGUACCUGAUCCAGAUGAUUGUUCCCGUUAUUACAUGUGCAUGAAUGAUAAUUCGUUCUCUGUAGAAUGCAGCAAAGGAAUGGUUUUCGAUUCCAAAACUAACAAGUGUGGGAAUGCAGACUCUUCAAUCUGCAUAAAGGACGUAACGUACACUAUAAAUCCAUGUGCAGGAAACAAAGGUAUGAAGUAUAAACCACACGCUACUGAAUGUGAAAUGUACCACAUGUGUAUGGGCGACAAAGUAUACGAUUUGACUUGCCCGGCUGGUAAACUUUACGAUAGUGCAAAGGGCAAAUGUGAAUCUGCGUCUUCCGUUACCUGCUUGACUGAGCAAUCUGAUGAUUUGCUUCCUCCAAAUCCGUGUAAAGGAAACGUUGGAACUAAACGCGUACCUGAUUAUUCCGAUUGUACGUCAUUUUUCAUUUGUGUUCAUGAACAGUUCUUCAGGCAGACUUGUGCCAUUCCACUUAUUUUCGAUGUGUUGACUAACGAUUGCAACCGUCCGGAAGUUUCCGUAUGUACAAUUGACGUUGUGACUCCGCCAGUAGCGACCACUUUAGCACCCACAUUAGCUCCUCCCUCCACGGAUUUACCAAUUGAUGAUGAUGGAAUUACCGGAGAUGACAUCAUCAUUCCAACGGCACCAACAGCAGCUCCGACAGUGGGACCUACUGCUGCUCCAACUGUUAUCCCUACAAACAUACCUGAAGCACCUACACCUGCUCCAACCCCUGCUCCGAUACCUACUGCUCCAACUCCAGCUCCCACUCUAGCACCAACGCAAGCCCCAACGCAAGCACCAACACCCGCUCCUGCCCCUGUUACUACUGUAGCACCAGUUCCUGCUCCAACAACCCUCGCUCCCGCACCGACCCCAGCACCAUCAAAUCCACCGGGACCAUACUGUACCCCUGGAUUAGUAUUCUAUCAUCCUCACCCAGAUUGCGCAAAGUUCUAUCGCUGUGUCUACGGAAAUUUGUUCGUGAUAGAUUGUCCCAGGAACCAGUACUGGAACCAGGCUCAGGAGUACUGCGAUCACAUCUGGAAUGUGAGUUGCCAUUCGCAGUAGAAUGCUCAUGAUAUUUCAAGUGUCAUUUCAAAGCACAUAGCAUCUAAAGCACCUUUGCCCACCCUGAAUGCUUUCACGUAGCUCAACCAAAACGGUCAGAUGACAGAUGACAUACGUAUCACUAGUAUUAGUUGUAAAUCACCCUCAAUAGUUUUUAUACGUUAUUAAUAAAAGUUGAUGUUCUGGAA